AGCGUCUUGUGGACUGUUUACUUAAUUGGUCAUUGUUACCUUGACAAGCAUGGAGAUAAGAUUAGAAGUUUUGACAUCAACAAGUAUCAAACAGAAAAAGCCUUGGCCAAGAGUCUCCUGGUUAGGACAGGAGAAUGAAGCUGUUUUUCUUUUGGAUGAUAAAUUCAUAAAUGAAAUUAACUUGCUAUCAGGAAGAACAAAGAAGAAAAUUCCUUGUCUGCAGCCUUUACUUAAGGAUGUUAUUAUCCUAACAACAUCCAGUAAUGAUGCCUGGCUGGCUGGGGUACUCACUACAGGGGAGCUUUUUCUUUGGAACAAGGAUCAAGAUUGCUUGAAAACUAUACAGACAACUGAAGAGCCUAAGAAAAUGAUUCAAGCUGCAGUAGCGAGCUCCUUGAGACUAUACUUGUAUGUAUCUGGAAAUGGGAAAAGAGUUCUGCUUAUAACUCCUUCUGGAUGCAUAUUUCUUUGGGAAUAUUUGGAAUUCAAGAACAUCUUCUCUUCUAAAAGCCCUUCAUUGGUAGGCCAGUGGUCCCAGAUCAUACCUGAAGAAGCAGUUCAUUUGCCUUCUAAUGAAGAUAAAGAAGCUAUAGUGCAUGCUGUUUUUAUAAAAAAUGAGUUAUUUGGAGAUUGCUGCUUCUGUUCAUUUACUUUUUAUUCUGGAGAAUGUCUGAAGUUGACAUUUCUAGCAAUUCAGUGGCAUGAAAAUGUGUUUACACCUAUAAGUUCAUUGCCAUACCAUGUUCAUUGGGCACAACAAAACUGCCAUCUGUGUAAUCUGGUUCCUAAAUGUGAAGCAGUGAAGUCAAGAGGAGCUCUACUUUCUGCCUUUUCAAGAGAUGGUGUUGCCUUGGCAGUAACUCUUAAUCAGAAAGACCCAAAGGCAACUCAGGUAUUGUUUAUAAACACACUGAAUUUUGUUACUCUCUGUGGUAGCCUGAGAGGAUGUAGUAAUAAGAAUCCUAUAGUCCCAGCUACACUUACCAGGUCCUACUGGGUGGGUGAUAUCAGCUGGACUCAUGAUAGUCUUUUUCUGGCUUGUAUGUUAAAACGUGGCUCCCUGGUUUUAUUGACCUGUCAAGGUGAAUUGGUAACAUUAAUUACAUUUGGUUGCUCCAUAGAAUUUGGGCCAGCAGAAUUUAUUCCUUUUCACCCUCUAAUAACAUAUAGACCACAGCAGUUUACAUUUCAAGAUUCGAAUAAUUGUGUAGAUUCAUCAGCUUCUGAUAAUGACCCUAUGAGACAGAGAUUUUCUAUAAAAGCACACUCACGGUUACCCUACCUCAUUAUUUCUGAUGGAUACAUGGUCACAACUCUUCGAUUUGCUGAUACCCUGUCUCCAUCAAUGCUCAUGAGAUCCCUUCUACUUGAUUCAACCCAGAGGCUUGAGAAAACAUACCAAAGUAUGAUAUUGUCUAAGCCAAAAGGCAAAGGGCUGAACUUGCGAUCACUGGAUUCCCUGAGAUGUAGCCUGUUAAAACACCAAGGAAAUCAAAGUUUAGCUGAUUCUACUGUCCCCAGAUUCUUACAGGCAGAAGAAACAAUGAACUUAACUGAAAAAACAGCAGAUUUCCAGGAUUUUGAAGCAGAAGAAACUAAUGAAGGCAUAUACUUUCCAGACAACUUAUUUUCACUUUGGAACCAAAAAAAUGAUUCAUUGUUCAGUAGUGUCAAGGAGGGAAGAUUGGAAUUUGCGUCUAUGUUUGAUACAAUACAUGCAAAAGAUAAUAUCAUGGAGACAGAUAAAACCAUUACAGAACUGCAUUCUGUCCAGAAAAAUCUCCUUGCAGCAUGGGCUAUAGGAAUUUCAAAAAAUGUGGUGGAAAAAAAUGUAAUGUUAAAUUACACAGUAGUUUGUAUCACUCAUUUUUUCUACAUUCUUCAAUUUAUAAAAUGUCCUUUCCCUGAACUAGAUCUUUUUUUAAGCAAGAGCACGAGACAAAAUGCAUGGGUACUAUGUAUCUUUCAACUUUUUCAUCAGUGUUUAUCAUUCCAUUAUUGGGAUAUGAGAUACAAACAAGAUUUGGGACAUUUGGUAAAGCUGACCUCAAAUACUAUAAAGCUUUUGCUGACUCAGCAACAACAGGGUCAGUUAUUUUCAGAGAAGCUUUUGGCUUGUUUUCAUUUACUUAAAAUGGUAGCUGAUAAUUUAAAUGGCAUAUACAUUCUUCAACCUGAAGUUAUUUCAGCAUCAACUGACGGAAGUAGAACAGCAGAUCAAGACAGAUGGGUGGUACCCAUUUUUCAAAUAUUUCAAGAUAGUGAUUCUCAGGAAAACUGGUCUUGGAACUCAUCUUUCAAGAUUUGUCCUCAAGUAAUAAACCUUGCUCAACAACCAGGAUGCAGAUUGAUUUUUCUCUGGAGAGUGUUGUACAAAAAAACUUUAUGGUAUCAAACACAAUUAAGUCGAAGACUUCCUGAAGGUGACAGACCGUUAACUGAAAAGAUGACACAGGAAGCAUCUACUGUCAAGGCUCUGUUAUGUCAUAUCCAGGCUAACUUGCAGACUGCUGGAGCUCACAUGAACCAAGCCUUGGAACUUAAAUCUGUCAGUGGUGAAGAGUGUUUCCUGUUAGGAUCAUAUGAAAAAUCUGUUCAACUGUGGAGGAAAGCUCUACAAGAAACUCAGGAGAAAGGAGGAAGAAGAACAUGUUUUCUUCAGAUACGCUAUUAUCUUUCUCUUUUAUACUGCUACCUCUAUAGCUAUAAUUUAAACGAUGCUCAAGGAUUGUGUGAUCACCUAGUAAGAGAAAUUUUGAAGUGGUCCCAUCUACCUGUAAAAGAAAAUGAGGAUUGUUCAGUUCCCGAGAAGUCUCACUGUGAGUUUGGAAUAACGAGAAAUGUUCGUCCUGACGUGGCAGUGAGGGUUAUCCAGUCCAUGGCUCGUUUCAUGGCCGCCUAUUUCGCCAAUCAGCUGCUUUACAUUUUGCCACCUCACAAUGUGAAUGAUCUUCCUCCCCUUCAUGUUAAAACAGAAUACGCCCUUCGACUUAUUCCUUUACAACACUCUAAGGUGGCCAGUGUUGUAAGAGAUCAGAAUCUUUCUGAUGUGUGGACAGUUGAAUAUGCCUUUGAAUUAUUACUUAUUGGUGGCCUAGUUCCAGAGGCUGUGUGGCUGGCACAUAAACUUGGAGACUGGAAGACAUCUGUUUCCAUUGGUGUGGCCUUCCAACUGUUCUGUAAACAUGAUAGCAAUUUCAUAAGGUUCAACAAAAAGGGUCUGAAUUUACCUAUAAAUUUGACUCCAGCACAGAUUUUCCAGGAAAAACUGCAGUGUUUUUUAGGUCAGCCAGCCUCUUCCGAAGCAAAAAAUGAAAUGGGCUCAAGACACAAACAGUUUACAGAUCCCAUUGAAGAAGAAGAUGUAAAUCUGCUAUUUGGUUCAGUGCAGGAAGUACUGAAAGCAGCAGUUAUGGCUGAUGCAGAUGUUUUGUCUGAGACAUUUCAGCUUCUGGUAAACUCCGCCAAAGACUUCAGUAGGAGACUGUGGGGCUUAGUGCCAGUUGGCUUGUAUCUUCCAGCUCCUCCAUUGUAUUGUCCUCAGCCAGCUGUUCUUAGUGAAGAAGAUGGUGAUGAUCUUCUUUUAAAAGCUGAGAAAGAGAACCGCCAGAAGGUGUCUGGAAUUCUUCAACGGGUCCUCUUGCUUUUCCGGGCAGCUCAGUGUUCUUUUCCUGUGGCACAGUGGUACAUCUUGCAGUUGAGAUGGGCAAGAAAAGUCAUGCAGAAGAUUCGAAUGAAAGGGUCCCUUCCUUCAUUGAGUCCUUUCCCUCAGUCAUUACUUAAUUACUGUAAAAAAGGGGUAGCAUUCUUUCGACCUGGAGCGGCUGGAGACCACAAGCUUGAUGAAGUUUCCAUUAAAGCAAUAGGUUGCUUCAGAGAACUCUGUGCUUUGUGUUGGAUGCUACAUAUUCGUGAUAAGUUAUCUUAUAGUUGCAGGCAGUAUCAGAAAGCAAGAGAAAAUGUGGAGGGAAAAAAGGACCUUGAAGUGGAGUUUGAUUCCUGUAUGGUUGAGCACUGUCUCAGUGCAGUGGAGUGGGCAUACAGAAUGCUGCCCUUCUCUCGAUUUGCUAAUAUCGAAGAACUUAUUCAGGAUCUAAUUUUGAGCCUUAUUGGAGAAUUGCCACCAAUCAGAAAGGUAGCUGAAAUUUUUGUGAGAGCAUUUCCCAAUCCUGAGGACAUAAGGGUUCCUUUAAGAGAAAAAUAUCACUCUCUUCAGCAGAGACUCAGACACUGUGUUGUAAAAGGUCCCCAAACUGAGGAAAUGAUGUCUGUUGUUAUGCAUUCUAUUCAUAAAGUGAGAGUGAAAGCCCUAAAACGUGUGCAAAGAAAUAUAGGCUCUUUUGAGAUGAAUAUCUGGGAACCACUUGAAGAAGAAAAACCAGCUGAGGUUCCAGGUUUUGAUAGGUUUUCCUUAGGAACUAGUUUGAGCAGGAGCACACUCACAGAACUGGGGAAUUCUCUAGUCCAUAGUGAUGCAGAUACAGCAGACACCUUCUCAGAAGCAUUGUCAGUUGAAGAAAAAAGUAGGAUACGUGUCAACCAAAGAAAUACCCCAAAUCACAUGGAAUUUACAUUGACUGAUAAGUCCAAUGAAAAAAAGAAGAUAGGUAAUCAGAAAAAAAAUCUUGAAAGAAAAGAUCAUGAAAAGUUAUUACAAAAUGCACUUCCUGUAAUAGGUGUUUGGGAAUUUGAACGUGAUGAUGAUGAAUAUAUUAAGUUUCUUGAUCUCUUCUUGAGUUAUGUUCUUGAAAGAGACCUACUUGAUUCCAAGGAUCCUGGCAUUCCAUUUCUAACCAGUUUUUCUGGACAUCUUAGAGAAAACGAACUUAAUUCUUUACUUUUUGAUGUGCAUACAACAUUAAAACGACGUCAAGCCAAAACCAAAAGCCAGAAUGUGUUUAGAGCUGGCUCCUGCUUUGUUGCUUCUGAGUCUUAUGAGUCUGAAAAAUCAGAAAACCAAGAACUUUCAGCUUUAGUCCCGGUUAAUCAAGGAAUUGGGCCAUUUUUAGAGAGCCCUUUGAAUGAAGUCGACAAAAAGGAUGGGACAAGUGGAUUGUUUGGUUUAAAAAAAAAGUCAGUUUACAGAAUACAAGAUGACAAAUCAGAGAAACCUGUAAUCCAGAAAUUGUCAAACCAUAUUUUUUGGACUCCCAAGUUCAACAAAACUAGAAGGUAUAUUUUUAAAGCAAUUCAGUGCAAUGAUAUUAACCCUCAAGAAGAUCUUCCUCUAGCACUAAAUAACACAUUUGGCAGUAUAAGAAGGCUGCUGGAAUGGUUGAUAAGGUGGUCUAAUAAAAGACUGCCCUGUGAUCCUACUCUCACUGAGUUAUCCUGGGAGUAUAGUCCUGUCAUUCGUGUAAAGACCUCUACAGCUGCCAUUCUUACAUCAUUGUGGCUUUUGGAACAACCAUAUUUUGCUACGUAUAAGGCAAAAAAUGUCACUUUUAAGGUGCUAGAGAAUCAUUACUCUCAGUCUCAGAAUGUACCCAGCAUAGAGAGUGAUUGCAAAACAGAUGCUGGCUGUUCUGUCACAGUAGCCACUCAAGAUUGGACUGAGGAAAGAAAUGAUCAAAAUGAAUCUCGUCAAAGUAUCUUGAAUAGAAUGCCAACCGAAGCAUAUAAUCCUGAAGUAAAAGAAACCAAAGAUGAGAUUAUUUCUGUUACUGAUGAUACUGAAAAAGAACUUAUAGAUAUUGGUGAGGAUCUUUUAGAAGUAAAAACAUUUAGCCAAGAGGAAAUGGAAAUACACCUAUCAGACUAUGAAGAAGGUACCAAAGAGCCUGUUGGAAGUCUUAAAAGUUCCAGUAUUGCUGUUAACGUGCAGACUUUACCACAGCAUUUAGAAGAACAUUCCAUGGGAGAGGUUCAGUGUCCAAGGGAAGAACCAUUGGAGUCAUGUAUGGAGAAAAAAUCAACUGAACAUAAAUGUAUGAUCGAAGCCUUUUCAAAUCCUGAAUACACUGUUCCUUAUUCAUUUUGUGUAGAUUCAAGUUCAGAAAUUUCUAGUGCACAGAUCUCUGCAUUUAAAGAGGAAUCUUCCUCAGUUCCACCUUUCAUAUCAAAUGGAGUCAGUGUUGCUUCACAAACGCCCGUGCCAACACUGCAGCAGACCCAGAGAAAUGAACCCAGGGUGCAGUUGCCAGAUUCUUCGGAUUCUGUUAGGCAGAUGCUCCAAGAUGAAAUGUUUAAAUUAGUUCAGCUGCAACAGAUCAACUUCAUGAGCCUAAUGCAAAUAGUAGGAUCACCGUUUACUAACCUCCCAGAUAUACAUCAACUUCUACAGCAGCCUCAGCCUGUGCCUUUGGUGGGAAGUCAAGUAUCAAAUCCUACAAGAGGGAGUAACGAUGCUGAUGACACCAGUAGAAAUUUUAAGGAGAGCUCUUUUAUUAAAGCACAGUCCAGGGGAGAGUACACCGCAGAGCCUGGCAAGAAGAGUCCACAUUGCCAUAAAGGAAUUGUGCAGUCUGAUCAAGAUAGUAAUGGAAAUUUACAGAAUGUACCACAUGAGAGUGUUCCUUUAUGUCAGUUAGAAGACCUGCCUCCCAAUACAGGAUUAACUCCGGCAUCUCAAAUCUUACCAACAACUGCGCUGUCUCCAGCUCCUGCUGGAAAUACUCCCUUCUACCUUCUGUCUCCAUCUUCUCCCAUUCCGAAGACACCUAGACUUAUCCCAGCUGCAAAAAGUUUCAGACCUGGUGAUGGUUUUCCUUUGCUUCAGUUUCAGCCUAAGCAUGAAUUUAAGUCCCUUUCCUUCCAUACAGGAAGAGUUCCACAAGUUCCCUUCAGGCUCCUGCCACAGCCAAGAGAGGCAUGGGGAUUAUCUGAUUCCUUCCAGCCUCCUUUGCCACAGAGAACAAUGCACACAGCUUCAGUGUCCCAUUUGAAUUUGAGCCACUGUAAUACUGAAGCCAUAAAAAAAGCAGUUGAGCAGAAGAAAUGGGCAGAAACUAUAUUUACAGAAAUCCCUAAGCAUGUGAACUUAGAUCAGUGUGUUGGACAAGAAAACUUGACACCUCAACAGGACUCUUCAGUAUUUAUAAAACCAGGAAAACUACUUGAUAUUAAGCCAGGACCCCUUGAGAUAUCUCCACAGAAUUCCUUUGGACUUCCAUUAUUGCACCUGCAACUUAAACCUCCUUAUAUAGUUUCCUCUGCCUCAAGAGCAUCAGGAACAAUUCCCUCAAUACCUACCAGAACUGGAGGAGAAGAAAGAAGAUACCCAAGACACUCAUUACUUCAUUCAUGCCUAUCCCCAGAAAAUAUGUACAAAAACCCACAACUUAUUCCCCUUGAAAACCUCCUUGCAUUCAAACAAAGCCAAGAGAAACUAACACAUAAUUUAUUUGAACGAGGCGAUUCUGGACACCUUCAGCUACUAAAUGUCAAAAUAGAACCAUCUGAAGUGAGACAAGGAAAGGACAGUAAGAAAAGACAAAGACGGCGAGCUGAGAAAGAGCUGCAAGAAAAAAGAUCAGAGAAACUGAAGAGAAAACCAAGGGUGGCUUUCCAACCAGAGGGCUCCCUUGUGAAUGAUAAUGAUUCAGAAAUAGUUAUGAAACCCAAGGAGCAAGAACAUCCUGGUUCCCAGCCUUUGGAUGACUUCGAUAUUCCUUUUGAAAUGCUACAAGAGGAUAUUAAUACUUCAGCUGGAUUGCACUUUAUGGCCUCUGUGAGAAAGAAAGCUGUAGAAUGUCAGGAUGCAAGUACAAAUACAGACCCAGAACAUGAACCUUUGAAUGUUCCUCAAGUGUUGGCUCCCGAUGUAUGUCUAAAUCUCAAACUUCACACUGAAAUUUCAGAGGAACCUUCGUUACCUUCACUGUCUGAUCUGGAACUGCCUGUCAAAGAGGGGCCUUCAAAUGAUACUAUUAUCAAACAGCCAAGUGAUCACCUGGAGAUCCCAUCUUCUGCAGAGUUACAUUAUAAGGCAGCUUCAGUUAUAAAUGCUGUUCCCUUGCACACUGUUAAGACUGAAGAUAUGCUAAAGCCAGAUUUUCAAGCCAAAGAACAGAACUCGAAGUCAGCUGCUGCAGAGGAUGACCCGCCGUGGGAGCUCCUGCAGGAUGUGUCUGCAGCUCGCCGCCUAGAGCGUCUCACCUCUAAGCUUCAGGAAAUUGAUGAACAGCUGUUAGCAAUACAGAACAUUGCUGAAAACAUAGAGCAGGAUUGCCCCAGAUACAAACUGCUAGAUCGACAUUGUGAUAAGGUCGAACCUAAAGAUCACAUUGAAUUGUCUUCUAGUCCUGAAUCUGAAAAAACAUUGGCUUCAAAAGCCAUUGGCAUUUCUGAAGAGAUACAUUUCCUGACUCAUAUGAAUAAGGAUGCUCAAUGUGACAAAGAGGAGACUUCAGAAGCUGAAUUUUCAGUGACAGAAACUCAUUCUAGUCAGAAAACUUGUGUGUUUCCUUCUGCUGACUCAGCUCUCAGCCUUUUCAAUGACCAGAAUACAACUUCUCCUGGUGUGAAUAACAGUGAUGAGUUAUUUGAGAGCGUUUCAGUAGAUCCACUCCAGCUGACUGGGUUAACUGAUAUUGGAGACAUCAUUGAGGACCUUAUAACAAAAGACGGAGUUUCCAGGGAGGAGCUCGGUUUAACAGAACAACAAGCUAAGAGUAUCUGCAGAAUUCAGCAUUCUUCUGGUAGACGAACACAAAGAACUGAGAAGGAAAGAAGAGAAAUUCAGGUGUGGAUGAAAAGAAAACGCAAGGAAAGAAUGGCAGAGUACUUAAACCAGUUGGCAGAGAAGAGAGGGCAAGAACAUGACCCUUUCUGCCCAAGGAGCAAUCCAUUUUACAUGACUUCAAGGGAAAUCAGGCUGAGACAGAAGAUGAAGAACGAAAAGGACAGAUUGCUACUCUCUGACCACUAUAGUCGGCGGAUCUCACAAGCGUACAGUCUGAUGAAUGAACUGUUAUCUGAGUCAGUACAGCUCCCAACAGCUGCACAGAAAGCCUUGCCUAACAAACCCAGAGCUGCUCCCGUUUCCCAAGAGCAACAUUCUCUUUCGCCAAGAAGAGAGAAUCAACGUGGUCACAAUAUUCCAGUAAAUCAACCUGGAAAAUUCAGAUAUAUAUCCAGACCAAGUUAUAUCCGAAAGGGGAAACCUCAAGGCCUUCCUUGGCCAUGUGGAACUGCUACUUAUACCAUACAGAGCAGAGGUGGCAGAGGCAAAGUGGCAGUAAGGAAGGCUGUGGCAUCUCCAGUUACCUUCCAAAAAGGUUCCGGUGCUCCAUGUCGUGUGCAGUGUACGAAAAAUCACAUCACUGCCGAGCUUUCACCUCAGUCAAAGCAGGUGUGUGUAGAGUACGAGAGGGAGGAGACCAUGGUGAGUCCUUGGGUGGUACCUUCACACAUCCGUGCAAUUCUUCAGGAGAGUCACGGUUCCCUUCUACAGGACUUGUCAGCCGUUGAGGAAGAGCGAGAGCCUCCUUCCCACGGCAUGGACAGCGUGUCUGAGAGCACCGGCAGCAUCCUCAGCAAGCUUGACUGGAAGGCCAUUGAAGACAUGGUGGCCGGUGUGGAGGACAAGAGCCUGUCUGUCCACCGGGCCUGGGACCUGUAAGACCUGAGUAUCUGUUGCCAAGCAAAGCCCGGCACCUCAGUGGUAGUCGUUCUGAAAGAUUUGUGUGUUUGAAAGAGAGAAGCAGUGAAGGGAGCCAUGUGUACACACCACCAGCAACCAUAUCAUUACCCAGAUUAGCCAUGGCAAGAGGGAAAAUAAACGCUUCUCAAUAAUUUCGCCUUCAUGGGUAAAGGGUUGUUUAACUAUAGAUCUGUUGCAUGCUUUUGCAUUUGACCUAUCCUUAGACACCAUUUUUUUAAA